GAGGGUUUGAGCAAAAGGGAGAGAGAGGGAGAGAGAGAGAGGUGAGGAGCUCGGGUAGUGAUGGUGCAUAUAGUUUAGUUUUAUAUCUAAGAGGGUAAGAUACACAGCUUCAUAUAUCUGUCUGUCUGCCUGCCCUCACCUGCCUCACACCUGCACCUGCCUGCGUGACCUGUGAUUAGUGUAUUGCCAGGCUAUGAGGUGGACAGCAGAAGGCAGCAAUAGAACAGCAGCAGCAGAACGCAGCAACAGAGGACAUGAUGGGGUCAAGAAGAAGUGUACUCAUGCGAUUCACAUUUGUCAGGCAUGGGGAAACUCAAGCAAACAAGGACCGGUGCAUUCAGGGCCACACGGACAUCCCUCUCUGUCAGUCUGGCGAAGAACAGGCCUCCAGGGCCGGGGAGAGACUGAAGGAUGUGCGUUUCAGCCGUGUGUACGCCAGUGACCUCUGUCGUGCCUCUACCACGUGUCGCCUCAUCCUGGAGAAGAACAUAUGCCAUCCGCCACCUCUUAUCAUUGACACGCGCCUCAGGGAACGGAAUUUUGGCAGUGUAGAAGGAAUGGUGUUUGAAGAGGUGCUCAAGAUGGCCGAGGCUAAUGGCUCAUCCUGGCCCCAGUACAGUCCCCCUGGUGCCGAAAGCCUGGGGGACGUGCAGGCCAGACUGGUGGCAUUCUUCAAGGAGGUAUGUCAGUCCAUCUAUGACAAGAACAACAACAACCUGAAGAAGAGAGAGGCCGUCAACAGCAUUUCCGAAAAGGGAGGCAAAGGUGGUGACAGGACAGAGGCAAAGAGAGAAAAGGAAGACGAGGAAACAAAGAAGAAGAAGAAGAGCGAGGAGGAAGCAGACAUGGAGGAGGAGAACAUGCUGAACGAAGCCAAGGAGAAAGAGCGGGAGAAGGAACAGGAGAAGACGAGAGGCAAAACUAGGGAAACGAACAGUGCAGAGAGAGAUGGUGAUAAACAAACGGAAGAAGAGCAAGAGGAACAAGGACGAAAGGAGGAGGAAGAGGAGGAGCAUGUGCUGGUGGUGAGCCAUGGGGCAGCAUUGAGGCAGCUGUACCUACACCUCCACCGUACCCUAGGCUGCCCCCUGCCGCCCAACAUCAACCCAGACACUCCAGCUAGACUGAGUCCCAACACUGGCAUCUCCACCUACUCUGUCCGGUACUCCCCCAAGGCAUACACACUGCAGUGCCUGUGUUUACAUGACAGCCAACACCUACAGGGCAUGUAAGGCUGUGUGUGCGUCUGUAUGGCUUCGGAAAUGCACAUGGAUUUUCAGCAGGGAACCCCAAGAAUGCCUGCAUACAUACAUACAUACAUAUGUACACACACACACACACACACACACACACACACACACACACAGUUUAUUUUAAAAUUUUUUCAUUUUUAUUUAUUUUUUAUUACAUAUUCCUUAUUUAUUUAUUUUUUUAAUAAGUUUUUAAUAUUGCAGCUUUUCUAGUCUAUUGUCAAAGUUUUUUUGUUGUUAUCACUACUUUAUCAUUAUCUUUACUAUUGUUAUUAUUGUCACUGUUAAAA